UUUUUUUUUUUCCUCCUCCUGCCAGCUUAAGCAGCCGUCACAGCACCUGAGCCGCUACUGCCGCUCGCUCAGGACAACGCUAUGGCUGAGCCUGGUCACAGCUUCCAUCCCUCUGCCAGAGGUAGGGGAAGAACUGAGAGGCGCACACCCGGGUUUCUGUGGCUGCUGCUCUGGACUGGGACCGCCUUCCAGGUGACCCUGGGAACUGGGCAGGAGCUUCACGCCUGCAAGGAGUCGGAGUACCACUACGAGUACACCGCGUGUGACAGCACGGGUUCCAGGUGGAGGGUCGCCGUGCCACACAGCCCAGGCCUGUGCACCAGCCUCCCCGACCCAGUCAAGGGCACCGAGUGCUCCUUCUCUUGCAAUGCCGGAGAGUUUCUGGACAUGAAGGACCAAUCUUGUAAGCCGUGUGCUGAGGGCCGCUACUCCCUGGGAACCGGCAUCAGGUUUGAUGAGUGGGAUGAGCUGCCUCAUGGCUUUGCCAGCCUCUCAGCCAAUAUGGAGAUGGAUGAUAGCACCACGGAGUCCACUGAGAACUGCACUUUGUCCAAGUGGGUUCCCCGGGGCGACUACAUUGCUUCCAACACGGAUGAAUGCACAGCCACACUGAUGUACGCUGUCAACCUGAAGCAGUCUGGCACGGUUAAUUUUGAAUACUAUUACCCAGAUUCCAGCAUCAUCUUCGAGUUUUUCGUUCAGAACGAUCAGUGCCAGCCCAAUGUGGAUGACUCCAGGUGGAUGAAAACCACAGAGAAAGGAUGGGAGUUCCAUAGCGUUGAGCUAAAUCGAGGCAAUAAUGUGCUCUUUUGGAGAACCACAGCCUUCUCGGUGUGGUCCAAAGUUUCCAAGCCGGUGCUAGUGAGAAACAUCGCCAUAACAGGGGUGGCCUACACUUCAGAAUGCUUCCCCUGCAAGCCUGGCACCUACGCAGCCAAGCAGGGCUCCUCUUUCUGCAAACUGUGCCCAGCCAACUCCUAUUCAAGCAAAGGAGAAACUUCUUGCCACCCAUGUGACCCUGACAAAUACUCAGAAAAAGGAUCUUCCACCUGCAAAGUGCGCCCACCCUGCACAGACAAGGAUUAUUUCUCCACGCACACAGCCUGCGAUGCCAACGGAGAGACACAGAUCAUGUACAAAUGGGCCAUGCCGAAAAUCUGUGGUGAGGACCUGGAGGGGUCAGUGCAGCUGCCGGCCUCCAGCAUGAAGACCCGCUGCCCGCCCUGCAACCCAGGCUUUUUCAAAACCAACAACAGCACCUGCGAGCCCUGCCCCUACGGCUGGUACUCCAACGGCUCUGAUUGUACCCACUGUCCAGCUGGGACUGAACCUGCGGUGGGAUUUGAAUACAAAUGGUGGAACACACUGCCCACAAACAUGGAGACAACUGUUCUCAGUGGGAUCAACUUUGAGUACAAGGGCCUGACAGGCUGGGAGGUGGCUAGUGAUCACAUUUAUACAGCUGUUGGAGCUUCGGACAAUGACUUCAUGAUUCUCACUCUGGUUGUACCAGGAUUCAGACCUCCACAAUCGGUGAUGGCAGACACAGAGAAUAAAGAGGUGGCCAGGAUCACAUUUGUCUUUGAGACCAUCUGUUCGGUGAACUGUGAGCUUUACUUCAUGGUGGGCAUGAAUUCUAGGACUAACACUCCCGUGGAGACGUGGAAAGGUUCCAAAGGCAAACAGUCCUAUACCUACAUCAUUGAGGAGAACGCCACCAUGAGCUUCACCUGGGCCUUCCAGAGGACCACUCUUCACGAGACAGGCAGGAAGUACACCAAUGAUGUUGCUAAGAUCUACUCCAUCAAUGUCACCAAUGUCAUGGAUGGGGUUGCCUCCUACUGCCGUCCCUGUGCCCUUGAAGCUUCAGACGUGGGCUCCUCCUGCACCUCUUGUCCUGCUGGUUACUACAUUGACCGAGAUUCUGGAACCUGCCAUUCAUGCCCCCCUAAUACAAUCCUGAAAGCCCACCAGCCUUAUGGUGUUCAAGCCUGUGUGCCCUGUGGUCCAGGGACCACAAGCAACAAGAUCCACUCUCUCUGCUACAACAACUGCACCUUCUCACGUAUCACGCCGUCCAGGACUUUCAACUAUAACUUCUCAGCUUUGGCAAGCACUGUCUCUCUGGCUGGAGGACCAAGUUUCACUUCGAAAGGCCUUAAAUAUUUCCAUCAUUUUACCCUGAGUCUCUGUGGAAACCAGGGUAAGAAAAUGUCGUUGUGCACCAACAAUGUCACUGACCUCCACAUCUCUGAGGGCGAGUCAGGUUUUUCCAAAUCCAUUAUGGCCUACGUCUGCCAGGUGGUCAUCAUCCCCUCAGAGGUGACUGGCUACAAGGCUGGGGUGUCCUCACAGCCUGUCAGCCUCGCUGAUCGACUUGUUGGAGUGUCAACAGACAUGACUCUGGAUGGAAUCACCUCUCCAGCUGAACUUUUCCACCCGGAGACCUCAGGAAUCCCAGAUGUGAUCUUCUUUUUCAGGUCCAAUGAUGUGACCCAGUCCUGCAGUUCUGGAAGAUCAACCACUAUCCGUGUCAGAUGCAAUCCACUGAAAGCUGCCCCUGGAAGUCUGUCGCUGCCGAGCACAUGCUCUGAUGGGACCUGUGAUGGCUGUAACUUCCACUUCCUGUGGGAGAGUGUCUCUGCUUGUCCCCUCUGCUCAGCCGCUGACUACCACACUUUCCUCAGCAGCUGUGUGGCUGGGAUCCAGAAGACUACUUAUGUGUGGCGAGAACCAAAGAUAUGCUCUGGUGGCAUCUCCUUGCCUGAGCAGAGAGUCACCAUCUGCAAAACCAUAGAUUUCUGGCUGAAAAUGGGCAUCUCUGCAGGCACCUGUACAGCCAUCCUGCUCACCGUAUUGACCUGCUACUUUUGGAAAAAGAAUCAAAAGCUAGAAUACAAGUACUCCAAACUGGUGAUGAAUGCCACCCUUAAGGACUGCGACCUGCCAGCAGCUGAUAGCUGUGCCAUUAUGGAAGGCGAGGAUGCUGAAGACGACCUUAUCUUUACCAGCAAGAAGACACUGUUUGGGAAGAUCAAAUCAUUCACCUCCAAGAGGACUCCUGAUGGAUUUGACUCAGUGCCACUGAAGACGUCUUCAGGAGGCCCAGACAUGGACCUGUAGAGGCAGCGCCUUGCCUCACCUGCCUCCUCGCCUCGGCCAGUGCAUCACCUUGCAAGUCCGUGGCGAUUUGGGUACCAGCAUCCUGCAAUACCCACUGCUGGAAAUCUCUUCAUUGUGGCCUUAUCAGAAGAAGUUUGAAUUUCAGAUCUUUGGUUUUUUUAACAGAGUACCCAAACCUUCCUUUCUGCUUGCCUCAACCCAGCCAAAUAUACCCACACUUGGUUUGUGUGUUAUUCCCUUGCUUGCAUCUUGUUUCCUGAA